AACGAUCUACAACUAUUUUCAAUUUCUUCUAUACAAAAACAUUAUGUAUCUAAGUUUUUCUUACAGCCGUGGGUGGGUUGUGGACUGUAAGGGCCAACGGUUUGGGUAACUCGCUCUUACAUGCAGAAGAGAAGAGAAGAGAAGAGAAGAGAAGAGAUUGUUUUUUCUUAAGACAAAAAAGGGGAAGUUGAAUGGAUUGCUCAUCAAAUUUCCAUUAACAUUCUUUCUCAGUUUCUCGAAUUUCUCUAUUUCAUGGCAUUGCUUCGUCAAAAACUGUCACCAAUUGUUCUCUCAUCCAAAAUUUCUCUCUGCUUAUCCAUGCGAAACCUCAUCUCAAUUCCAGUUGCAGAUAAACUUAUCAACGACGAUGCAACUGUUAAUUCCAUAUGCGAUUCCCUCACAAGACGCCAAAGCUGGGACACUCUUUCUCGAAAAUUCCAGUUUCUCGAAUUAAACGACUUCUUGGUUCAAAAAGUCCUGCUCAAAUUCCAGCAACCUGUUGAUGCCAAACGCGCUCUGGGGUUCUUCCACUGGUCGGCCAAGAGGAAGAAUUUCAAUCAUGGGCCUCAAUCCUUCGGUAUUAUGAUUCAUAUUUUAGUGAAAGCGCGGCUGGUACUCGAUGCUCGAGCUUUGCUCGAGUCAAUAUUGAAGAAAAAUGAGGGGAACUCUUUUGAUUACUCUGUUGUAGACUCGCUAAUGGAUUCCUAUGAGGUGACUGGUUCAUCCCCAUUUGUGUUUGAUUUAUUGGUUCAGACUUGUGCUAAAUUGAGAUUGAUUGAUUUUGCUUUGUGUGUUUGUUCCCAUUUGGAAGAACGUGGGUUCUCGUUGAGUUUGAUAAGUUUCAACACUUUGAUUCAUGUUGUGGAAAAAUCUGAUGAGAAUCUUAAGGUUUGGAAAAUUUAUGAGCAAAUGAUCCGGAAAAGAGUUUACCCAAAUGCGAUUACAGUUAGAAUCAUGAUUAAUUCGUUAUGUAAGGAAGGUAAAUUGCAAGAAACUUCUGAUAUGUUGAAUAGAAUCCACGGCAGUCGUUGCUCUGCUUCUUUGAUUGUCAAUGCUUGUUUGAUUUACAGGAUUUUGGAGGAGGGAAGAGUUGAAGAUGGUAUAACGUUGUUGAAAAGAAUGUUGCAGAAAAAUAUGGUUCUUGAUGACAUUGCUUAUUCACUGAUUGUUUAUGCUAAAGUCAAAACUGGGAGCAUAACAUCCACAUGGGAAGUGUUUGAGGAAAUGUCUGAAAGAGGGUUUCAGGCGAAUUCUUUCAUUUAUACCUUGUUCAUUGGUGUCCACUGUAGAGGGGGAAAGGUUGAGGAAGCACAUUGCUUAAUGCAAGAAAUGGAAAACAUGGGUUUGAAGCCAUAUCCUGAGACCUUUAAUCUUCUCAUUGAAGGGUGUGCUAUAUCAGGACAUUCAGAAGAAAUCUUGAGCAUGUGUGAGAAAAUGUUAGAAAGAGGGUUUCUUCCUAGUUGUUCAGUUUUCAAUGUGGCAAUAGAUAAGAUUUGUGAGAAAGGAGAUGUGAAAAAGGCUAAUGCAUUGUUAACCAUUUUAUUAGAUAAAGGGUUUUUACCUGAUGAAACCACUUACACCAAUCUAAUCAUAGGAUAUAGGAAAAGUGGUGAAAUUCAGGAGAUUCUUAAGCUUUAUUAUGAAAUGGGAGCUAGAUUACUGUCUCCUGGGGUGUCAGUUUUCUUUGCACUCAUUGGGAGCCUUUGUCAAUCUGGGAGAUUGGAGGAAGCUGAAAAAUAUUUGAAGAUUGUGAAAGAUAGUUCUCUAACACCUUGUCUCUCUAUAUACCAGGCAUUAAUCUUGUUGUACUUGAAGAAGGGUAAUAGAGCAAAAGCUCUAGAACUGUAUAAUGAGAUGAUGUUCGAUGGAUAGAAGAUUAUCUGUUCUAAGCAUGUGCAGGUUUCAACGAACUGACACUUUCAUGUACACUCUCUUCUUUCGCAGAGUAAUUUACGUUCAAAGAAGCUACUCAAUUGAAAGGAUUCACUUGAGGAGGUUGACCUUCGGUUAGAAUGGUGCAUUUGGUGGAUUGAUUGUUCCAUCAAUAUACUUGAACAACUGGUAAACCUUAAGAAUCAGAGAAAUCUGGAAGUACCAAAGAACAUAAUUAGACAAAUCAAGAUGAACGGAUACAAGAUUGCAAAUGUUCAUGAGAAGAAAUUGCAUUGAGGAGUUUUAAAAAUUCUGUCGAUCCACCAUUACUAGAACAAGAUUCAGUGCAAAAGAGGGAGUUUUGUACUUGUCAUAACAAAAAAGUAAGUCUUACUGCUCUAAUAGAUUGAUAAAUUCUGCCGUCAUUUAUUUGAAGCCAAAAGGCAGUAUAUAAAGUUAUAGUGGAUUCAACCAAGGUUUAACAAAGCAACUCUACGUUAGUGAGUAAACUCAACUCAACCAUACUUUAUGUAAUGUAAAAUAACAAACUCACAGUGUACAACAUUAUUAGGGACUUUUGCAAAAAUAUAAAAAAAAUUGAUAAUAAGACUGAUGAUACUACAUUUUCUAAAUUGUAAAAGUAGCAAAUUUAAAAGCGAAUAAUCCUGUGAUAGCCCUUUGAUAGCAGUCUGAUAUCAUUAUCAUUAAUUACUUGUCAUAUUUUCAAUAUGCAAAAUAGAGGUGCUACGGGUUGUUUUUUUUUUUUUUUUUUGUUAUCUGAUGUAAUUUUCCUUAUUAUUAAAUAGGUUUAGACUAAGUGACAUGUUAAUUCGAUGACGAACUUGUGGUUGGACUCUCUGGUUAGUUCCAAGUUAGGUUUGUUUGAGUUUUGAGCUCCACUUCUAAUGGACUCCUGGAGUCGCAAGGUAAAUAAAUAGCACAUUUGGUAGAUAGUAAAACUUUAUGUUUGAAGUUGAUUGGAAGAUGCAGAGGAAGAAGAACUCCACUUUGAAGGAAAGCAAGGUGAUAAAAAUGCUAUUAGGAUAAAAUAAGGAAUAUUAUUAGAGUAUUAAGGAUGUAGUAAUUGUUAGUUAGUAUUGAAAUGUUGAGAAUUCCAUAUUUUUGAAUGGGAACUCACACUCCUUAUUAGGAAGCAUGGACACCAACGCGACGGCGUGGACAUGUCAAUUUUCAAAGAAGUAGUACACGACACGUUGGAGACACAUUUUUUUAUUAAAAAAUUAAAUAUAAGUCGUGCAUACAAACAUAUUGUGCAAUAUUCCAUUUAAAAACAUAAAAAACAAGUUAAACACCAUAGAAUCAUGAAUUUAUGUGUGAAGGUUUGGACGUGAAUGUUUGAGUGUGACUGUUUUUAGGCGUGGAGAAAUGAGGGAUUUCGUGGCUGUGGAAGGUAAGUUUUUUAGGAAAUGAAAAGGACAGACAAUAAUAAGCCUAAAAUGUGGGGUUGAUGGUCUAUCUUUAGGCUGGGCAUUUGGGCCUUUAAAAUGUUAGUUUUAGUAUAAUUUUUCUUCCCAUAUCUGCAAGUUCCAUGACCCAGUAGUGUCCUAGUCGUGUCUUAGAAGUUUCCCAGCUAUGUCUGGGUGUGUGUGAAAUUAAAAAAAAUAAUAAAUAAAAUAAUUGACACGCUAGUUGGCGUGUUGGAGGCGUGUCAGUGUCGAAUACGUGUCCGACACUGAUACUUGGCCAUCUAGAAGUGUCGGUGAUUCUUAGUUAAUUAUAAGAUAGAUAAGUUAUUUAUCUCCUAGUCGAUUGGUUUUCGGAUGAUGGUUAGAAAUACUUUUUUUUGGGAGAUUUUUUUUAAAGAAUAGAAUGGGUGAAAAAGAACAGUAGGUACCCAAUGUGCAGUGAAUUUUGACUUCAAGUGAAAUUAUUCGAAAAAGAAGGUUCUAAAUACCUUAAAUGCUUGAAUUAUAUUGCAGUUAUUCUAUCCUUUAUAUUUGUUGUUCUAUUCUGGUUCGAAAUGCACGAUUAAUACAUACUCUCACUUUCUUGAAUUAUAAUAGGUGUCUAUUCUGUGGUUAAGCAUAAAAUUCUGCCUUAUUUUCUCAAAGAUCAUAACUUUUGCUGGAACUUUGGCAGUGAUUACUGCUUGCUUUGUUUGUUGUUGCUUCUGCCAGUAUAUCAUAUUUUCCUCAAGAUGACCCGAGGAUGUGAUGGUGCACUUUAAAUUGAGCAAUUAGAGCAAAACAGAGGAUUUGGAGGAACUAUUCUUGAAAAUUGACCAAAAUUGGGUGAAAGGAUAUUGAAUCUAAGGAAUGAGAAAUGGAGCAGCCGAAAAUCAGGCAGCAUUGAGACGCCAGGAAAGAGUGUCACAACAAAGGUUGCAAUGGUGUUUGUUUGCUGAUCCAUGGUGCUAAAUAUCAUUGUCAUUUGUGAAGACGAUUGCAAAUAUAGCAAUUAGUCUCAAACUAUUUGCAAAUAUGGUACCAGGCAAAAAAAAAAAAAAAAAAAAACCAUUCGCAAGAUUGAGAUGUUGAGUUGUUAUAUAAUGUCUGAAGUUCAUAUGUCUAGAGAGUUUAUAUGUAAUUGUUUGAGAGCAGAAUUUAUCUGGUCUAAUUCAAUGUCUGUGUAGGAGCGUAGAGUUGAGUUUAUAUGUUAGAACUAUCUGAUGCUAUUUUUUUUUAGCUUUUCAUCCUUCAUUUUUAUGAUUAAUUUUUUUUGUUUUGAAA